AUGGAAACCAGCCUGAGCAGAGACGUGGUGGAUGUGUUCGACGAGGCACGCUACAUGCUCAGUACGUUCCCGACUGAUGAGGAAUCCGCGGAACGUUACGAAGAGUUGGAACGGAAACGGAAACGAAUCAACGAGAAAGUGAGCGAUUGCGUGCAGAAGUUGAGUGCGGAGAGUGAGUCGAUAAGAGCCCAGCAGAGAGCACAAGAGGCGCUGAUAUCUUCAACGAAAGAGAACAUUCAAGCUUAUCAAAAACGCAUAGCACAUCGUGAAGAGGAGUUGGCAACUGUGAACGAAGAGAUAGCGGUGAAGAGGGACGAGAUUGAACUCUUAAAGAAAUCGACCAGUAAAGAGGAAAAUUUAUUGACCGAGUAUCGAAAUGCAGUGGCUCAAAUAGAAGAUGAUACGACAAAACUAAAAUUAGUUGAAACGAAACUAAGAGAAAGACAAAAUAUCGCGAAUAGUUUAUCGUAG